GCAAGAGAAGAGAAAACGUGAAUCGAAGGAAAAAAAUCUCAUCAUCCCAAACCCAGAACCAGAACUUGCUUGCUUCUUCAAUCGCGAUUUUCUGAAAAAUCUGAAACUAUGUGUUGCGGGCAACAUCCAUCGUUUCCCAAAGACUCCGUUAACGUUAACUCAACGUCGGUGCUCGAAAAUCUCCGCGAUCGUCUCGCCGACACCGAAGCUCGGCUCGCUCGCGCCAGAGCUCGUGAAGCUCAGCUCACGCGCCGCCUCCAUGAAAUGAAGCGCUUUCUAUCUGUUAUGGAAAUCCUUGAAGCUUAUCUCAAACGCCGUUACCGUCUCCAACAACAACGUUUCGCUCGCCUCCUUUCUCUUCCACCACCUACUCUAUAACCGCCGUUACGGUUACCGUCACCGUCAACAACCCUGUCUAUAUCAUGUUGUUACAUUUUUAUUUUUAAAUUUAUUGUUUGUUGUGAACUUGUUGUGGAUAAUUGUGGAUGUUUGUUGUAAAAUUUGUGCUGCUUUAAUUUUAGUGGAUUUGUGGGGAAUUUCGUUCAGAA